GCUCGGUCCGGCUGGAGCUGGGCGGCCCCGCAGCCGGGGCCCACCCCUUCUCCUCGCUGCCUCUCACCUCAGGAGAGUGAGAGGCCGGGGGCCCGCCUGCCCCUGCAGGAGGUGGGGGGCUCGUCCCAGGGCCCCCUCGGUCCCAGCAUCACCCGACCGGGCGGCAGAGCCCGCCGCGCCGUGUGGAGGCGGCCGGGAGAAGCGCUGUGAAGUUGAGGUAGGGCUGGGAGCGAGCCGUGCCCUGGCCGGGAAAGGAGGGAGCUGGCAGGCUUGUCCGCCCUGCUCCUUCCUUCUCCUCCUCGGGGAAGCGCCUACGGCGGGUGUUGAGUCCUCUUAGCGAGCACAGGGUUUGAAGCCGACAGCUGCUUUAACGUCUCACUAACGUUUUCCCUCUGCGCUGAUUCUCUGUAGUUAUCUCUGCUGCCAGUCGUGCUAGUUCCUGGGGCUUUCUUUACAAUCUUAGAAGCAGGUCAGAGCUUGUAAUUCGUUGAGCAUGAGGGCUCAGCGACAAGGCUGCCUUGCUCUUGCACACCGGGCUAAGUCAGCACAAAAAGGUUUGUUCUUGAGCAGUUUCUUUCUAGGAAUCGAGUGAUGAAACUGUGUGGUGGUCUUAUUCCUGUCAGAAUCUGUUCUCAUUUCCGUCUUGCAUUGUUGUAAUACAUGUAUGCAUGAGCCUGCCACAGACUACAUCUUCCACCCCAUCUUCUUAUUUUUUUCUUCCCCCAAUUGGCUGGUCUCUUUAACUGUUAUCUUCUGCUGCCAAGGGUUUGAUGUAUCGUGGUGCCAUCUCCCAGUCCAAAGUCUCCUGAAAACUUGGUUUGGUCCCCUUGUAACUAUGUGAUCCAGAAGUCAGCAUAACUGGUAUAUUCUCCUGAGGGUUUUCUGACAUCCCUGCUCUUCAUGCUUCCAUCUGGAGUUGUUCCAAAGUCCUGGAUUUUCUUGCCCCCAUGGAAAAAUGGAGGAAGAGGAAUUGUGGUGUGUGGGUGUGGAAACGUUUUUGUUUGAGGGGAUGACCGGAUGUUUUACAAUGUGGUGCUGUAUUCAAACAAAUGUUCUGAAGAUGUCUUAUAGUAAAGAACAGAAAUCAAGCCUGCAGUAUCUAUUGAGCCACCUGUUCAUGCCUGAAUGAGCUGGACAAGAUUUUGAUACACGAUGCCAAUAUUGAUCGGUGCUUUGUCUUGGAUGUGGCUGAUGUGGAAGAGGGCGCAGGAGGACGCCGAGGGCUGUGUCACUGAUUCUUGACAGCCAGGAACCUGACCAAAACUCUUGACGAAGAAAGAGGAAUGUGUUUCUCCCGCAAUCUCCAUUUGUGUUGUCAGCCUGUCUCCCAUUCCUAGAAAUCUGCAGGCACUAUGGAAGCAAUAGCUGGUGAUGGUGAGUCCAACUUCAGAGCAAUAUGACAGUUUGCUCCGGCAGAUGUCAGAGAGAAUCGAUGAGGGAUGUGGGGAGACCAUCUAUGUCAUCGGUCAAGGAUCCGAUGGGACUGAAUACGGUCUGAGCGAGGCAGACAUGGAAGCAUCCUAUGCCACGUUGAAGAGCAUGGCAGAGCAGAUCGAGGCAGACGUGAUCCUCCUGCGGGAACACCAGGAGGCGGGGGGAAAGGUGCGCGACUACCUGGUUCGGAAACGUGUGGGUGACAACGACUUCCUGGAGGUCAGGGUAGCAGUGGUUGGCAAUGUGGAUGCAGGAAAGAGCACAUUGCUGGGUGUCUUGACACAUGGUGAACUAGACAAUGGCCGAGGCUUUGCUCGGCAAAAACUGUUCCGCCAUAAGCAUGAGAUUGAGUCAGGACGCACCAGCAGUGUGGGCAACGACAUUCUGGGCUUCGACAGUGAGGGCAACGUGGUGAACAAGCCUGACAGCCACGGUGGCAGCUUGGAAUGGACAAAGAUCUGUGAGAAAUCCACCAAAGUCAUUACUUUCAUUGACCUGGCUGGUCACGAAAAGUACCUGAAAACCACCGUCUUUGGCAUGACCGGCCAUUUACCUGACUUCUGCAUGCUUAUGGUUGGCAGUAAUGCUGGGAUUGUUGGAAUGACCAAGGAGCACUUGGGCCUGGCGCUUGCACUUAAUGUUCCCGUCUUUGUUGUAGUGACCAAGAUCGACAUGUGCCCUGCCAACAUCCUGCAAGAAACCCUGAAGCUGUUACAGCGACUGCUGAAGUCCCCAGGGUGCAGGAAGAUUCCCGUGCUGGUUCAGAGCAAGGAUGAUGUCAUUGUAACAGCCUCCAACUUCAGCUCAGAGAGGAUGUGCCCCAUUUUCCAGAUUUCCAAUGUCACCGGGGAGAACCUAGAUUUGCUGAAGAUGUUUCUUAAUCUCUUGUCUUCACGGACCAGUUACAGGGAAGAAGAGCCAGCAGAAUUCCAGAUAGAUGAUACUUACUCUGUCCCGGGUGUAGGAACAGUGGUGUCUGGGACAACACUGAGAGGCCUCAUCAAGCUAAAUGACACCCUGCUGCUGGGGCCAGAUCCCCUUGGCAACUUCCUACCCAUUGCUGUCAAAUCCAUCCACCGCAAGAGAAUGCCCGUCAAAGAAGUGCGGGGAGGUCAGACUGCCUCCUUUGCUUUGAAAAAGAUCAAGCGUUCUUCCAUCCGGAAAGGCAUGGUAAUGGUGUCACCCCGCCUGAAUCCACAAGCAUCGUGGGAGUUUGAAGCAGAGAUUCUGGUGCUCCAUCACCCCACCACCAUCAGCCCACGAUAUCAGGCCAUGGUGCACUGUGGCAGCAUCCGUCAGACAGCCACGAUUCUCAGCAUGGACAAGGACUGCCUGAGGACAGGGGACAAAGCCACGGUGCACUUCCGCUUCAUCAAAACCCCAGAAUACUUACACAUAGACCAGCGGCUGGUCUUCCGUGAAGGCCGCACCAAAGCUGUGGGUACCAUCACUAAGUUACUCCAGACCACCAAUAACUCCCCAAUGAACUCUAAGCCACAGCAGAUCAAGAUGCAGUCAACCAAGAAGGGAGCCGUUACGAAACGAGAGGAUGGUGUUCCCCCAGCUGGGACAGCAUCUGGGGGCCCACCAGCUGGGGACGAGGCCCCCUCAACAGCCGCAGCGCCACUGACACCUCCUGCCCUGCAGCCAUUGCCUGCACUGGAUGAAGAGCCCCACAUCCGUGAGGGCAAUAAGUCUAAAGUCGGAGGAGGAGGACGGCGACGUGGGGGUCAGCGCCAUAAAGUGAAGUCUCAGGGAGCCUGUGUGACUCCUGCCAGUGGCUGCUGAAUUUCUUACUCCUCCCCCCUCUGAGGAAUUCCUCCCCUUCCCUUCAUUUCUUAUCCAAAAGAUCCAGAGCAGCUUAAACCAAAACCCAUCCAGCUGAUUGGCUGCAGAAGAAUCGUCCCUCCUCUCUGAAGGAAGCGAUGGAGAGGAGAAUAAUUUAUAAGCUAAUGAAGGUGAUGAGACACACAGAACUGAGUAACUGACACCUUCCUCCCCCCCCCUAUUGACACAUUUUUGUACAUCAUGGGCUUAGUUUUUAUUCUUAGUUUUUAUUAUAUUUUGUGUGCAUGAAGAUGAGAGGAGAGUCUGGAUAGAACUGCAAAGAGCCAGUUAGCUGCCUCCCUCCUCCCUCACCCCAUUCUGUCCACAGGACUUGCUGCUCUCCUCCUCUUUGCUGUCUCAGAUCCAGGGGUUAUCAAACGCUGGAAAUUUCAGACUUGCAAAGGUUAAAACACAUUGCUUAGGAUGGCUCCACAGGGCAUUGUUUCCUCACCACUGAGGCCCCGUGCCAAAUUUCUGGAUUCUCUUUCUAAGUGGGUUUAAUUUAAUGUUGUAGUGACUGAAGUUUGAAGGAGAUGGUAAGAAAGUUACUCACAGAUCUGAGAGGGAAACAAAUUGGAAAGCAGUUCUUGACGUUGAGGAAUCCUAUAGUGAAUAUACUUCUCGAAUAUGUUGAUAGCACUGAAGAUUUUAAUUGGAGACAGAAUUAAAUGGGCAGGCAUUUGCCCAUCCUGUUCCCCUUCCCAUCACGCUGCUUUUCCUCAUUGUUUGCUUCGUGCACAUUGGAUUGAAUUGAAGCUGCCUCUUGAGGCUGCAGCAGCUCAAUUGACAGUAUUAAGAAUAUAUUGGAGGAACAUGUGCUCUGUCCUUAGAACCAGAGAAGGCCUUCUCACCUCAGUGGACAGAGAUCACAGGUGGUUACACAGGUACCUUUAGAACAGAGACACCAGGCAAACCUGACCUCCCCUUGAUUUUGUUUACUCCAGUAUUUCCUAAAUCUUCUGGAACUCACUGGCCAAACUUUGCCAUGACAGAGGUAGGAUUUGUCUUCUCCCCUCUUGGCCAAAGAGGGCAAUGAUGGAGUGGUACCGAACUUAUGGAAGUGCUUUCAGGUUUGGAAGUACAUGGUAGUUUUUCUUUCUUUUUUUUUUUUUUUUUUUUUUUAAAAAGAAAAGAUUGUAUGGUGGGUUUUUUUUUUUUUUUUAAUGACAAAUUCUGGCUUUUCUAGGAAGGCCCUGCAAGGACAGUCUAUGAAUUAACUUCAUUGUUACGAUAUUUGUUAACCCUGCGUUGUGCAAGUGAUCAAUUCCCUGCUUAUUUUGAUCUCUCUUCUUCUAACCCUGCCUCUUCGCUUGGCUCCUGCGAGGACAGGAGUUCUCUGCCAGCUUCUGGUGAGCUGUGGAAGCGUGGGAGCAUUUUGAGGGAGGAGGCGGCAUCCUCAGCAAAUUGUUGCUCUCCCCAGCCGGUGCGGUCAGCCUUGGUUUCUUUGAGGGCUUCCUCCUCCAGUGAAGGAUUAUGUUUUAAUUAGGGGGUGACUGUAAGGUUUCUGCUCCUCCUUAGCGGUUGUUCCUGUUUCUCACUCUGUGGCACCUAUGUGGAGUUCAUUCCAGUUUACCUUGUGAUUUGAGGUAGGCUUUCAAGCCGACUGAGCGACAGCAGGCCUCAGGAGGGGAGAGCACAUCUCCCGAUGCCGGCACCAGCACUCCAAGAGCAUUAAGUGGCAUGGGAGAGGUGAGGAAUGUGGUUUGGAGACGAGGGUACUUUGCCUUAGAGACUGCAGUGGCCUGAGCAUGGUGGAAGAGGAGGUCAGACAGUCCUUUCCAAGCUAUGUGCCUACAUACCAGCACUCUCCUGGCGAGGGAGGAACUAUAGGCAGCUACAACACUAAUAGCACCCGCAUUGUGAGGGGGUGUGAAGUGUGGCUAAGCAGGGCACGAGGGCCUGGUGGGGUUGUCUUCUGGCCCUGUAGCAGCAUCAAACUGCAUCUGAUUUCACUGCCCUCUGCGUCUGAGGGGAACAGGGAACUCGAGGCGGUUUUCUCUUUCUCCAUUCCUUGUGCUCCAAAUGAAGGAGACUGCCGAGACUAGAAGAGGAUUUACUUCAGUUUGUGCAAAGGAGGUGGUGGUGAUCUUCUCUUUUGUGACCAGCAUUCAAAGAUCACUCAGGCUGGUGUGAUCUAUAAAAUAAAUUUUAAAAAAGUUUGUUCCAAGUUAAA